GCAGCCUAGCCCAAACACCGCAGACUGAGCUAAACACGUACAGACCCAUGUCCUUCCCAACACAAAUAUAUAUGUUGAGCUCCAACGCACCAUCAAGCAUGGCACUAGCACCUAGCCAUGCACGUGCCGUCGUCAUCGCACUGCAGUUCACAAUACUUUGCAUCUUUUUUGCCCUAUCUUUAUUAUUUCUCCAUCGAACCAAAGCAACAUCGUCACUCAAGAAAACACAGCUGAUGCACCGACUGCCACCAGGCCCAGCUGGGUUGCCUGUCAUCGGCAACAUGCACUGUGUGGUGUCGAAAAGACCGGUGUUUCGAUGGAUUCAUGGCCUUCUCAAGGACAUGAACACCAACAUCGUAUGCCUCCGCUUUGGAGCCGUUCAUGUCGUAGCGGUUGCCUGCCCAGAGAUAGCCCGUGAGGUUGUCCGAAAGAACGACGCGGUCUUCGCGUCUCGCCCGGAGACAGUCGCCUCUGGACUGUUCAGCUUCGGGUACAAGGGCUCCAUCCUGUCACCCUACGGCGAGCAGUGGAAGAAGAUGAGGCGGGUUCUCACCUCCGAGAUCCUGUCCACGUCGAUGGAGCAGCGGCUACAGCGCCGGCGAGCGGAGGAGGCCGACCACCUCGUCAGGUUCGUGUACAGCCAGUGCAGCGGCACAUCAGCUGACGCUAACAGCAUUGUUGAUGUGCGCCAUGUAGCCCAGCAUUUCUGCGGCAACAUGAUACGCAGCCUCGUGUUCGGCAAGCGACACUUCGCCGUCGACGUCGCUGCUGGUGCCGGCAAUGGCGGCGGCGGCCCGCCGGGUCCAGAGGAGGUGGCGCACAUGGACGCGCUCUUCACGCUGCUCAACUACUUGUACAGCUUCUCCGUCUCAGACUACAUCCCUGCUGCGUGGACAUGGAUGGUUUCUGGGCUCGACCCUGACGGUCAUAAGAAGGUUGCCAAGAGUGUAAUGGAGACUAUAAACAGACUGCAUGAUCCCAUCAUACAAGAGAGGAUCCAUGAGUGGGAUGGUCUUCGCAAACGCGGUGACAAGAGAGAGGCCAGAGAUUUUCUUGAUGCCCUAGUCUCUCUUCAGGAUUCACAAGGGCGACCUUUCUUAUCGUUUGAUGAAAUAAGAGCGCAGACAGCGGAGAUAAUGUUUGCAAUUGUUGACAAUCCAUCAAACGCGGUUGAGUGGGCACUCGCGGAGAUGAUGAACCAACCAGAGGUGAUGCACAAAGCAAUGAACGAGCUGGACACUGUGGUUGGCAAGGACAGACUCGUGCAAGAAUCCGACAUCCCUCACCUCAACUAUCUGAAAGCGUGUCUGCGGGAGGCCUUCCGCUUACACCCCUACCAUGCUUUCAACCCACCCCACGUCGCCAUGGAAGACGCCAUUGUCUCCGGCUACCUCAUUCCCAAGGGCACCCAUGUUCUUCUAAGCCGGUUGGGGAUUGGCAGGAACCCUAACGUCUGGGAUGCUCCUCUCCAGUUCUGUCCAGAGCGACAUCUGAUGAACAACAAGCAGUCAGGCCACCAUGUGGUUCUCACAGAGCCAGACCUUAGGUUUGUCUCAUUCAGCGUAGGAAGGAGGGGAUGCCCAGGGGUGUCACUUGGCAGCUCUGUUACAGUGAUGUUAUUCGCAAGGCUUCUGCAAGGGUUCACAUGGACCAAGCCUCCUGGCAUUCGUACAGUCGAUCUCAAGGAAUCCACUACAAGUCUCGCACUCGCUGAGCCGCUCUCCUUACAAGCUCAGCCUCGUUUGGCAGCGCAUCUUUAUGUGUCUAUUUAGUCAUCAACAUGAUCUGGACUAUGAUGGAGAGGUUUUAUAUAUUGUAUUUAUACUAUAUUCCUGCACAGGGUCCAGUUCGGGUCAAGGCAGCGCACUGGCUUUAAUUCGUCAGUGGGCACUGUUACAACGGCAUAAAGAAAACAAGGAGCG